ACGUCACGAGACAAAUUAGCAUAGCACGCAAAGAAGAAGAAGAAGAAGAAGCUCCAAGAAUCUGUCGCAGAAAUCGCCAUGGCAGUCACAGCAUUUAACACAUUGAAACUUGUAUCGUCGUCUCUAGAUCCGAUUCCUUCAGUCUCUUGUUCUUCUUAUUCCUUCUCUCUGAUAUAUGUCGGAUCUCCUUACAAGAGAUGUCUAAAGCAGUCAUGUUCUGUUCGAGCUAUGACUUCUUCUUCUUCGGCUGCAUCGUCUUCUUCUUCGUCCUUUGGAUCGAGAAUGGAAGAGAGUAUUAGGAAAACAGUGACUGAGAACACUGUCGUUAUUUACUCCAAAACUUGGUGCUCAUACUGUACUGAAGUGAAGACAUUGUUCAAGAGACUUGGGGUUCAGCCACUGGUUGUUGAAUUGGAUCAACUUGGUCCACAAGGGCCACAACUGCAGAAGGUACUGGAAAGACUUACUGGGCAACACACUGUUCCUAAUGUUUUCGUAUGUAAGUAGUUUAAUCCGUUUACAUCGAUCAUAUCUUCAUUGAAACUCUGUUUUCCUUAUAUAUCCUACCUGCUUCAAAAGAUGAAACCUUUAGAUGUCCCAAAGAAGUGAACAACAUAGUUUCAGUUAAUAGCUAGUCAUAACAGUGUCUAAUCUUUGUCCUAAUGAGCAGGUGGCAAGCACAUUGGUGGCUGCACAGAUACAGUGAAGCUUAACAGGAAAGGAGAUCUGGAACUGAUGUUAGCUGAAGCCAACGGUAAAAACGGUCAGAGUUGAGGAGAUGUUGAAACUGGUUCGGAGAUUUUUGCAUACGGAGCUUGGAAAGUUUUCUCAUUUUUGUUAUUAUCAUUGUACCUCAUUUGAAUACAAUAAUUAUAGUUAAUAAAUAACAUAUACAUAUCAUGUAAUUGUUGAUCUCUCUUUGUUUUUCACCACUUGAAUUCACAGUUUUCAAGCCUUCAGAGU